AUGGCCGGGGGUCGGCCACUGACCGCGCGCAGCGACCGCGAGCAGCAGGAGGACGAGCGCCAGCCGCGCCACCAUAGCACCUCCGCCCGCCCGGCCGCGCGGUCACGUGGGCGUCGGUCAGGUCACGUGAGAGCUGGAGCAGGAACUGACGUCACGUGGAGACGGGAUCGGGCCUCGGCGCCGACGCGUGCACUGACGCCCGCGCAGCUCCGUGGGCAGCCGCGCGCGGGCCCGGGCCGGGUGGCGCUGCCCUGCGCGCUGGCCAUGUGGGACCUGGGCCACUGCGACCCGCGGCGAUGCACCGGCCGCAAACUGGCCCGCCUGGGGCUGGUGCGCUGCCUGCGCCUGGGCCGCAGGUUCGGCGGCCUCGUGCUCAGCCCGGUGGGCGCCCAGUACGUGUCCCCUGCCGACAGGCAGCUGGUGGCACAGUCUGGUGUCGCUGUCAUCGACUGCUCCUGGGCCAGACUGGAUGAGACACCAUUCGGGAAGAUGCGAGGGCACCUGCGGCUUUUUCCCUUUGGGCCCCUGCGGCUUCUGCCCUACCUGGUGGCCGCCAACCCGGUGAACUACGGCCGGCCCUGCAGACUGUCCUGCGUGGAAGCUUUCGCUGCCACCUUGUGCAUUGUAGGCUUCUCGGACCUUGCCACCCUUGUGCUGCAGAAGUUCAAGUGGGGCGAGGGCUUCUUGGACCUGAACCGCCAGGUCCUGGCCAGGUACGCAGCCUGCAGCAGCCCGGAGGAGGUGCUCCAGGUAGAGAAGGCAUCACUGGCC